AUGCCCAGGUGGUCCUGCAUCAGCGCCCUCUUCGUCCCCCUCGUCGCAUGCAUCGUCGCGCUGUUCCUCUUCGGCAACCCCCCGGCUCGCAUCAUCUCAUCCGCAGCAACCCCGUUUGCACCUCCCUCUCCCGCCGUCGCCAUGUCGUCGAUCCGCCGUACCGCGCCCAUGGUCUUUACGCCGUCGGGCAGGCACACGGCGACCGUCAUCUUCAUCCACGGCCUGGGCGACUCGGGCCACGGAUGGGCCGACGCGGUGCAGCACUGGCAGGGCCGGAACAACUUGAACCACGUCAAGUUCAUCCUGCCGCACGCGCCGGCGAUUCCCAUCACAAUGAACGGAGGGUUCCAAAUGUCUGGGUGGUUCGACAUUAAAUCCAUCGACGCCCUCUCACACCUCGCUGGCGGCGCUACGCCCGACGAGGACGAGCAGGGCAUCGAGCUGUCCCGCCAGUACAUCUACUCGCUGGUGCGCGACGAGGUGGCUGCGGGGAUCCCGUCGGAGCGCAUCGUCGUCGGCGGGUUCUCGCAGGGCGGCGCGAUGAGCAUCUACGCCGGGCUGACGGCGCCCGCGCCGAUUAAGCUCGGCGGCAUCGUCGGCCUCUCCUCGUGGCUGCUGCUCAACCGCAUCUUCAAGGACCGCGUGCCGGCCGACAGCCUAAACCGCGACACGCCAGUGUUCAUGGGCCACGGAGACCGCGAUCCUCUGGUGCUGUACCCGUUGGCGCAGGCCUCGGAGAGGAAGCUCACGGAGCUAGGCUACAAGAUCUCGUUCAAGACGUAUCCGGGCAUGCAGCAUUCGGCCUGCAUCGAGGAGCUCAGCGACGUCGAGGCGUUCUUGCAGACUCGUCUGCCUCCACAGGACAAGUGA